AUGUCACAAUCGAAUACUAAAGCUGGACUUUCAUUGGUGCAUUUCACGAGUGUGCAUUAUACAGUAACUUGGAAUUUAGGAAUUGGUUUGCAUCAAAUCGUUAGACGUUGCAUAUAGAUAAGAUUAAACAUUUUUAACAAAGUACAUUUUUCAAUAUCGUUGAUUUUUAGCUUGCAUAUCUGAGUAUUUAUGGUGAAUAAUAAAAAAAUUUAUAUUUAAUAUUUUGUAUAUUUUUAUGUACGUAUUAAGAAUAUGUAAAAUAAGACAAAGUAUAACUUUAUAUAUAUAAUAAAUAAUAAAAUUAUAUACAUAUACAUAUUACAUUAGGAGAUUGAAAAUGAAGUAAUAGAAUAAAUAGUUUUGAUCUCUCAUUGCAAGGAACUUCAUGAAUAUUUCGUAUCAUAUUUAAUUUAUUAUAACUACAUGUAUUGACAUUAUCUUAAUUCUAAGUCUUGAAUCUGAAACAUAACAAUUAUAUAACAUGAAAAUACAAAGAAAAUACCAUAAUACUUAAUUCGAUUAAUUAAACAAUAACAAUACACACCUCUUGAACUUUUUGCAUUUCUUGCGUUAAUAAAUUGUCCAAUAUUUCUUGAAGUCUUUGCCGCAAUUUAACGUUUUCAAUAUUAGCUAUUGCAAGCUCUUGCUGUUGUCUUCUUUGUCGCAGUUCGGCUAAUUCCGCGUGUAAAGUCGCAAGACGCGUUUGCAGUGAAUCUAGUUUUGAAAUAAAUGGAUCAUUCAUUAAUAUAUAUAUGUAAUAAGAAUUUAAUACGUAUACAAAUAUAUAAUACCUUUUGAUGCUGAAGCAGAAGGAGAUUCUGAAAAGUUUUCUGAAAUUAUAUAUUCUGAAUGGAAUUGUUCGACUUUAGUUACUUUUGACGAAGAUGUAUCUUCUGGCUUUUCUGCUUCUGCUUCUACAUUAUUAUCAUUUUGAAACAUUUCUUUGCUGAAUACUGUGCAAAGCCUACCAUUUGUUUCAAUAUUGCUAGGUUUUUCUGAAUAUGCAGCUUGCAUAGAAUUAGAAUCUGAUACUCUACUGUCUGCAGAAAGCCGACUAUUUUCAUCCAAUUCCAUUACAUUUAUAUUUGCUUCCUCAUCAUCUUCUUCACUAUCACUUACAGGUUCACCAAAUAUAUCAUGUUCCGCUAUAAAUCAUAGAUGACAAUAUUUUAUUUAUUUAUUUUAUUUAUCUUAUCGCAUUUAUUUUAACUUUUAUAUUUUUACUUGCUUUGCCAACUUACCAACAUCAAAACUUUGCGAUGUGUUACCAUUGAUACUUUCCCUCUUAGUCUUCACUGUACCAGAUGAUGAGACUUUGCUUGGUUUUGAUUGAUCCUCAUCCUCGCAUAUCACUUCCCAUUUGACACUAACUGCAUCAUUAUCUACUCUUAAUAAACGUUUAACUUCUUUCUCAAUUUCUGGUGCUUCUACAUAUUUCUUCUUCAGGGUUUUUCUAAAUCUUCUGCGUCUCACAUUUUUGGUAGGGGGAGUUAUACCAUGUGGCCAUAGAAAUUUCUUAUCUACUUUAUUGGGAUCUUUUUUCUUUUGUCUAACUGGAGAUUCUUCAUCCGUAGUAGUAUGAUCAUCUUCUUCUUUGCAAAUUAACAUCUAUAAAAUUAUAAUAGAAAUAUAUAUUAUAUAUAAAUAAUUUAAAAUCGAUUGCAAAGAAUCUUACCUGACAUAUAUCAGCAGUUUUAUAGAAACUCUUGUUAUCAAUAGUUUUCAAAGAUUCUACGAUUGUUGGUAUGUCAACAACCUAGAAUUCCAACAUUUCUUAAUUAUCUUUUUAUACUAUUAUGUUAUAUAUGAAUAAAAACAAAAUCUAUUGUAAUUUUACCUUUCCGUGAAGGAGCCAAUGAUCGAAUCUAACUUCACCAUAACGCAUAUCAUUUUCUAAUUUUAUACUUAACCUAUCUUUUAAGGACAACCCAUUCCGUAAUGUUUCUCGUAAAACACGUGAUGGUUCCUUAAAUAAUUAAAUCAUACAUUUUAGUUGUAUUUAAAAUUACAUAUUGUUAAUAAAAUUACAUUUGUUUUAUUAUUUUAAAUAACUGAGAUUAAAUAUUAAAGUGUACUUACUGGUGGCAAACGUAAAAUAAAUUGACUUUCCAAUUCAACUUGAGGUUCGCUACUUUUUUUAUCUGUAUUUGGGUGACGACUCAUAUUUCUUAAAAAUUAAUAUAUUACUUAUUACUUUAAGUCUAUACUUUACAAAAAGAAUACUUUACGAAUAACAAUAAGAAACUAUAAUCUGCUCAAGUAAUCGAGUCAGGAGAAGUAAACAUAGCCAGUCACGUGAUAUUAUUGGUUGGUAAUUGUUAGUGAAUUAUAAUACUUAUUUUUAGGUACAACUUACUACAGAAAAUGUCCAAAUUGAGCUCUUAAAUUUAAUACCUUUAGUUAAAUGGAAUAAAUAUGUUUACUUAUCUUAUAUAUAUCAACAUCUUUUUACCUAAGAGGUUAUGUUUAAAAAAUUAGCAUUUUGUAUCUUAUAAUUAGAAUCGUGGAUCUUCGACUUUAUUUCGAAAAAUAUGAAGAUAUUAAUGCUAAGAUAUUAAUGAAUGGUCAAUAUUUAGAACUUUUAUAAAUUUUGUAAAUUUGUAAUAUUGAAUUUUUAAGAAUUUAGGGAAGAUUUUCUUUAUAAAACAUAAAUAAAAUUUUACUUUUUUUAUGUUACAUACUUUUUUAUAUAUCUUUCAUUUCAAUUCCUAUAGUGCAAAUUUAGUACUUGUCAUUGAUAGUUCUAAUGUCGAACAAAAUGUAACAAAAUAAUUAUCUUUUACUAUUCGUAACACUUUGCAGACAUCUUUAUUAAGAUAAAAAUAAUAGAUAAUAUAAUUAUAAUAAUAAGAAUAAACAUAGUUAAUGUAAUUGUAUAUAAAAAAUUAGAUAUAAGGAAAAAUGUAUUGCAUUAUUUAAAAAAAUAAUAAUUAUUGUGAUAAUUAUAUAAUAAUCCACUCAAUUUAUUAAAUUAUCUUCACUAAAUAGAGAUAAAAUAUUCUUAUUUAUCAUGACGUCAGUUAUGACGUUCGAUUUGUUUUGUGUAAAAGAAUAUAUACAUAGUUUUUCUUUUAAACUCCACAUUUCGCUUUGAGUUUUGCUUUGAAAAUGAGUUAGACAAAUUCAUUUUUCAUGUUUGAUACUCACAACUUGUAUGAUUAUAUCAUAUUUUAUAGAAAAUUGAUUUUUUAUUGAUUAUAUAUUUUUACUUGUGCAACGUAGCAUGUGAAGAUACACAUGGACAUCAAUAAAUUUCGGUAAAUAAUUUGCAAAAACAAUUUUUCGAAAUAAGCUUUUGAAAUCGAUUGACACGAUUAAUCAAUUCACAUCAUUCAAUGACGUAAAAUGUUUCUUUUACUGUACUUUUUCCGAUAUCGAUGAUACGUAUAUGUUGCACAUUUAUUUCAAGUUAUUCAUAAUCUUAAUUUAUCAAAACAUUAUUCAUACUAUAUCUAAACUUAUUUUUUUUAUUAAGAUUUCACCGAUAUAUAUAUAUAAUAAUAGGAGAGUAUUUAUAUAUAUUUUAUUGAUCGAAUAAUGAUUUCAUAGAUUAAAUAAUGAAUUUAAUUGGAUCACAUUAAUAUGUACGAUGUUUCAUUGGUCCGAUAGAUACAGUGGCUCAGGAAGAUAAUCGAACACUUGCCAUCAAAAACUUUUUAAGUUUAUGUUGUGUUAUAUAAAAUAUUUUUAAAACGCUUAAAAUUUUCUUAGCACUGGCGAGACACAAUUGCCCCGACUAUAUCGGUAAAAUUUAAAAUCAGUCUGAAAAUAUAUAUAAAAAUUAGAAAAUAUCUGCAAACAUAUAUUUAAUUAAUAUGACAUUGUCCUACUAAAUAGGACUGAGGUUUAUGAAAUGGACAAUUAACAAUUCAGAUACUUUUAUGAUCUCUCCAAAAUAUAUAUACUGAUAUUAAAUAUUUUAUAAUAAAUUUUAUUAUACAACUUUCCAUAUAAUCAUAAUAGUUGAGUCUCUUUAUAAUACAAAUAAAAUUACUACAUGUUUCCUGUAAUACAUAAAUAUAAAUUAUUCAGUAAAUUUUUCUACAAAAUUUUUGCAACUAUAGAUUGUGUAUAUCGCUCUUGUGUAAGCUAAGAGUAAUUUUCGUUCGUUAAAAUGUUUACACUUAAUCAAGUUUUCAUCGAUAAUAGGGAAUAUAGUAGCAACGUUUUAUGCGUCGUACAUUUUCAUUCUGAAUAACUUAGCAGAUCCAUAUGUUUAUAGUUAAGCUAUAACAGUAAGUGAUCAAUGGAACAUCAGACUUUGCGCUCGCGCCGUCGUACUUCACUCGUCAAUGUAUAUUCUCUCUUUUUUGCUUCGAAUGUUUAUACUUAAAUCAGUAAAAAAUUAGUUAAUUUGUAAAUUGUAGAGUUAUAAAUUUGAAUUCGACAUAUAAUGAUAAAUAUAUAACAUUCGUUCUUUUACACUUUGAUAUACUUCCUUCGAAAGUAUAAUUAAUUAUAUACAAGUAUUGACUACACAACAAUUAGUUAGAAAUCAGGUAUGUUGUAAUUACUUUAUAUAAUAUCUUUUUUAUAUUUGCACUUUGCAGUUAAUUCACAUAAUUUAAUAGUAACAUUAUUUGCACGAUUUUAGAUGCAUGAUGGUAUAACGAGUGAUAUAGCCGAUGCAUUUUUACUUUGUCAUUUUUGUUCGAAUAAUUGCUGUUCGUUGUAACGCUUAUUUUGUAAAGGAAUGCAUCACUUAAAAUGGCAUAGAUAUUUAAUUACCAUUACAUAGCGUUUUAUGAUGACAUACAUUAUUUGCUGUCUAUUAUUAUGAUUAGUAUCAUUUUCUUAACUCUUAUGAUAGCUAAUGAUUGAUAUAUCUGUAAUCAUUUCUUAUUUUUCAGUUAUGUAUUAUAUUUCUUUUAUUUUUUAUUAACAUGAAUAUUAAUAUUGUUAAAUAGCUUUUUUAUUUACUUUAGAUUCUACCAUAA